CCAUAUAAGCCCCGAAAAAAAGCAAGCGAAUGAGCACAUAGUGAAGUGUGGAUGUCAUAACAGCGCCCCAAGCUUGGCACUGGUCAGCUAAGUCAAAACACGCUAUAAACAGAGUAUCUCCGACUCCGACUGCACCAGUCUCCGCAACUAUCUCUCUCUCUCUUCGGUCGUUGAACUCGACCAUGGCUUGAGGAGCCCCAAUCGCAAAAGCCCCAAACCCCUUCGCACGAAAUGGAAACCCUCCCUUAUCCAAUCGGCGCCACAAAAUUCCACGCGCUUCCGAGUCACAGAACUCGCCCCCGAGUCGACUCGUUUUCCAAGCCUAUUUUCAAUCAAACCCUCCAUUCUCCCAUAUUUUGCUUCAAAUCCCUUUCUCCUCCUCUCAAUUUCCAGAAUCGUCGAUUCUCUCAACUCCGUUGCGUCGCUAAAGCUAACGAUCACCACGACCACGACCAUGAGCAUGAGCAUGACCACCAUCAUAAUAAUAAUCAUCAUCAUCACCACCACCAUCACUGCGAUGAGGAAACGGAGCUGAGUGGGGCACAGAGAGCGCUGAUUGGGUUCGCGAAAGCGAUCAGAUGGACCGAUUUGGCGAAUUUCCUGAGGGAGCACUUGCAAUUGUGCUGCUGUUCCGCGGCGCUUUUUCUAGCUGCUGCUGCUUGCCCUUACGUCGCGCCGAAGCCGGCUGUCAAGGCUCUGCAAAAUGCUCUCAUGCUCGUUGCUUUCCCUCUCGUCGGGGUCUCUGCAUCACUUGAUGCCCUUACUGAUAUUUUUGGUGGAAAAGUAAAUAUCCAUGUAUUAAUGGCACUUGCAGCCUUUGCAUCAGUAUUUAUGGGGAACCCCUUAGAAGGAGGAUUACUUCUUGCCAUGUUUAAUUUGGCCCAUAUCGCUGAAGAGUAUUUUACCAGCCGCUCAAUGGUUGAUGUUAAAGAAUUGAAGGAAAACUAUCCAGAUUUUGCUCUUGUGCUGGAUAUUACUAAUGAUAACCUUCCUAAUACUUCUGAUUUGGCAUACCAAAGGGUUCCUGUGCACGAUGUAGAAGUGGGCUCAUAUCUAUUUGUUGGAGCGGGUGAGUCUGUGCCUGUAGAUUGUGAAGUUUUCCAAGGCAAUGCCACAAUUACUAUCGAGCAUUUAACAGGGGAAAUCAAACCUUUGGAGAUAGAAGUUGGAGACAGAAUUCCUGGGGGUGCAAGAAAUUUAGAUGGUAGAAUGAUUGUGAAGGCAACAAAGACAUGGAAAGAGUCAACACUCAGCAGGAUUGUGCAAUUAACUGAAGAAGCCCAAUUGAAUAAACCAAAGCUUCAAAGAUGGCUGGAUGAAUUUGGUGAGCACUACAGCAAGGUGGUUGUAGUGUUGUCUGUUGCAAUUGCUGUCAUUGGGCCCUUUUUAUUCAAGUGGCCAUUCAUUAGUACGUCAGCUUGCAGAGGAUCUGUUUACAGAGCACUGGGGCUCAUGGUUGCAGCAUCACCAUGUGCAUUGGCUGUAGCUCCAUUGGCGUAUGCUACUGCAAUCAGUUCCUGUGCAAGGAAGGGAAUACUGCUGAAAGGUGGGCAUGUACUAGAUGCCCUAGCUUCUUGCCAUACUAUUGCAUUUGACAAGACUGGGACAUUGACAACUGGGGGGCUUGUUUUCAAAGCCAUUGAACCAAUUUAUGGACAUUUUGUUGGAAACAAUAGAUCAAAUUUUGCUUCCUGUUGCAUUCCCAACUGUGAGAAAGAAGCUCUUGCUGUCGCUGCUGCUAUGGAAAAGGGUACUACUCACCCUAUUGGAAGAGCUGUUGUAGACCACAGUGUAGGGAAAGAUCUUCCUUCUGUUUCUGUUGAACGUUUUGAGUAUUUUCCUGGUAGAGGUCUUGUUGCAACUCUCAAUAGCAUUGAGUCAGGAACUGGAGGGGUUAAACUAUUGAAUGCGUCACUUGGUUCUGUAGACUUCAUCACUUCGUUUUGUAAAUCAGAAGAUGAAUCAAAAAAGAUCAAGGAUGCUGUAAAUGCAUCUUCAUAUGGAAGUGAAUUUGUUCAUGCUGCUCUUUCUGUGAAUGAAAAGGUUACACUGAUUCACCUAGAGGAUAGACCUCGAUCUGGGGUUCCAGAUGUCAUAGCCGAGUUACGAGAUCAAGCAAAGCUACGUGUAAUGAUGUUAACUGGUGAUCAUAAGUCAAGUGCAUGGAGAGUGGCAAAUGCUGUGGGGAUUCAAGAGGUUUAUUGCAGCUUGAAGCCUGAGGAUAAACUGAGUCAUGUGAAAGAUGCGUCAAGGGAUAUGGGGGGAGGCCUAAUCAUGGUCGGUGAAGGUAUUAAUGAUGCACCAGCACUUGCUGCUGCCACUGUGGGUAUUGUGCUUGCUCGACGUGCUAGUGCAACUGCUAUAGCUGUGGCAGAUGUGCUGUUGCUACGGGACAAUAUUUCUUGUGUACCUUUCUGUAUUGCCAAGGCCCGCCAAACAACUUCACUGGUUAAACAAAGUGUGGCCCUUGCUUUAUCUUGUAUAUUUCUGGCAUCUCUUCCCUCCGUUCUGGGAUUCCUUCCCCUAUGGUUAACGGUUCUUUUACAUGAGGGAGGUACUCUUCUUGUCUGCCUUAAUUCGAUACGUGCUCUAAAUGAUCCCACAUGGUCCUGGAGACAGGAUUUGCUGCUCUUGAUUAAUGAAUUUAAGUCUAGUCUACUGUUCUUGAGUAGACGUAACACCAGCUCCAUUCAGGCUGCUGCUACUCAGUAAUUCAUCUUUAAAAAACAAAAACCAAAAAAAAAAAGAAAAAAAUCUUAACCUUAUUUCCCUUUAAUUCUUUUUCCUAAGUUGGUCUAUAUAUAGAAAGCUAGCAUUUGCUGAUUCUCAAAUGUGUAUAAUGAGAAGAUGGUUAAAUUACCAGAUAUACUUCAGGGAAUCUAAUUUUUAAAAAAGAUAAAGAUAAAUAAACCUCGGUUCUGUUGAAUAA